CUCACCUCUCGGUUGCCCGGGUGACGAGCCCGCCCUCUCCUUCCCACAAUGCAACGUCCAACAUGGAGGAUGAGGAUAAAGAUCUGCAAGGCACUGAAGGUUCAGGAUGCCUUGGUGGUGUUGAUGUUCGGAGGCGAAUCCCCAUUAAGUUAAUUUCCAAGCAGUCAAACCGAAAUCGAGUCUCGACUCGAAGUCAGAGAAACAUGAGCAGGAAUUCUUCAAAGUCGAUCCCCACAGAUGAAGAAGGAUUUGAAUAUAAUGACGAUGAGAUCUAUGAAUGUAAAGGCGGAGAACUGUUUGGGAGUCAGCGUCGAUUUUCUCUACAGUUUUUCUGGGAUUUUAAGAUAAAUUUGUUGGGAGAAAAAGAUGACACCCCUGUGCAUUUUUGUGAUAAAUGUGGAUUGCCAAUCAAGAUAUAUGGACGGAUGAUUCCAUGUAAGCAUGUUUUCUGUUUCAACUGUGCAAGUUUGCAAGAGAGAAAAGGUGACAGGAUAUGUCCAGGGUGCAAUGACCCGGUGCAGCGCAUUGAACAGUGUUUACGGGGCUCACUGUUCAUGUGCAGUAUUGUCCAAGGCUGCAAACGGACCUACCUUUCUCAGAGGGACUUGCAAGCUCACAUCAACCAUAGACACAUGCGAUCCGGCAAAGCCAUCAUCAGGCCACAGCAAGAACAACUGCACACGACCAUGGCGCCCCCAGCAGAGAUGACUGAGCGCUUCCUGAUGCCACAAGACAAGCAUCACAUUCCUCACCUUCCGCCCAAGCAGCACGCCAUCAUGAUGCCUCCACCGCCUCUCCAGCACGUAUCGCACGAUCAUUACGAGGACAUCCGUCCACCGCCCUCGGAGAUGCCGCUUGCCCCACCGUCCAGGUCCGUCAACCAAGAGACCUUUCGCAUUUCCACCGUGACGACAAGGAAGCACAGCAACCUGAUCACGGUUCCCAUUCAGGAUGAUUCAUCCAGCUCUGGUACUCGUGAGCCCCCGCCUGCCACACCUCAUCACCAUCCUGAGUACCAGAACAACCCGGUUGUGCCUCACCCUCACCACCUGCUGCCCCCACAGCAGCACUAUGCCCCACCCCCUCCCCCUCCGCCCCCCAUCAACCACCCCAUGCAGCACCCAGGGCAGGCAGCUGGCAACCCCCACAUGGUCUACAACCAGGCUCCCCCUGCACCUCUGUCAACAGCACCGCCUCCCAUCAACCCACCACCAGGUCACAUCCUGGCCCAGAUGCCACCCUACAUGAACCAUCCUCCCCACGGACCACCCCCUCCUCAGCACACGGGGCCUCCCGUCAAUACCCCUCCCCCUCAUCACUACUCUGCCUCCUCCAUGCCUCAGUACACGGAAGACCAGGGAACCCUUAGUCCUCCGUUUUCCCAACCCGGAGGGCACAGCCCAGGGAUCGGUGUUUGGCCAGCACCCAGAGGUCCCCCUCCACCGAGGAUUCAGGUUCCACCACCUCCGCAGCCUCCCCUGCCUGCACCACAUCACCCUGACCAGGCACGCUACAGACCAUAUUAUCUGUAAGCUGCAAACGGAUUGUAUGCAGGUUCUUUAUUGUCUCAUGGUCUAACAUUGGUUACCAAAUCCAAAGCCCUUUACAUCGUGAAGGAAGCCUGCAGAAACGAGACUGCAGUGUAAGGAUUAAGUGGAAUGGCUCCACAGCUCAGUAGUUUGUGUCUCGGCCAGCGGAGGUUUCAUGCUUCUCUGCACUUGCCGUUUAAUUUCCAGAUUGCAUAACCACUAUGCUUUUAACUGCAUUAGGGUGAUCUGAACAAUUGGAGCUUGUGUGAAGAAACUAUUUGUAAACAUUGAAAACAAUCCUCUCAAUAUUCUCCUGGGGCUGGCAAUGAGUUGUGUUUUGGGUGAAGGAACAAAUAGCCAAGAUGGUGCCUUAUGCCAUUUUGAGGGCAUAUAGUUGGUGUAUGUAAUUUAAUGAAAUAUCCUGCAUCCAUUCUUUCACCCCUUUGAAUUCGUAAACUAUGCUGUAAAUAUCCAAUUGGAAGCUUUUUUUCAUGUGAAAGUAAGAUAAUCUUACUUUAAUUAUCCAGUCAUCUAUCUGUCCCCCCCCCUCCCCUAAUCUGUAUCUAUCUAUCGCUUGCCAGGCUUGGUCCUGCCCCCACCUCCCUUCCCUUUUUGUCGCCUCCCACACCAAUCCAUAUGAAGAAGGGUCCCGACAUGAAACGUCGCCUAUCCAUGUUCUACAGUGAUACUGCCUGACCCCCUGAGUUACUCCAGCGCUUUGUGUCUAUUUUUGUAAAGCAGCAUCUGGAGUUCUUUGUAAAACCUGAAGUUGACAGUGUGUAGGGAUGCUUUGAGAUUAAUGCAAGAUAAUAGGAUGUCAAUUUGUUUCAAAAUCCACAGGUAAUUGAAUAUUCAACGCAAAAAUAAGUGAUUGCUAGCAACUUUUAAUGGCUUUACAUCCUCUGUACCGUAUUCUUAUGUCAAUGGUUUUCUUCCUUUGCCCCAAAUCUUCUCUCCCCUGCUGAAUAUUAUGUUACAUUAUUGAAAACUUAUUUUAAUGUCCAAGAAAAGAAUAAAACUUCCAAAAAGAUUUAAAUGGAGGUUCCUUUGUAUUGCAUUAAAUUCAAAAUAAAAAUUCUGAACAUUUAAUGU